AUGGUGUUGACUAAAACUGCGCUACAACAUGAUUUUCAUGUCCCCACUGACAACAUCCGCCUUCAUGUCCCAAUGGUUGAGGCUAUAGAUGACUCCUACAUCACAGCAACUACACUCGCAACCUGCCAAGAAACUUGCUUAUGUGUGGAACAAUUCCAAUCAUAUUACGGAUCCAAAACAGACUGGAAGAAAUCCCGUCUCUACAUCCUCAACAGUCCCUCCCCACCUCCCAAUAGAGUCAUCAUGCUGACAGUAAACUCCUAUUGCCCCUUUGACCCCACAAUCAAUUACAUUGCUGAGGUUGAUGUAAUAUCAGACCACCUCACCUUCCUCCACACACCAAUUGAUAACCCCAAAAAACAAUUCCUCACCCUUCGUGACCUCAUUAACAAUUUCCAGUUCCCCUCCCUGAUAUGCCGCUUGCCCUUCACCGCCCUAUCUCGCAUUCUAUCGCAAACCCUGAUCUCCAAAAUCCGCCCCAGACUAUUGUUCCAACCAUUAAUGCAACCAGAUGCCGAGAAAUUGGACAAACUGAUUGCCACAAAAAUCCACUCCUAUCUCAGAUUCCCCUUUCCACCUUCGUCUUCCCUCCUGACUCUACCCCUUGCACAAUUCAGCUUUGACUUUCCAUCCAUUGCACUCAUCAACAUUGAAGCCACAAUUACCGGAGCAACAGACCUUCCAUCCCAGGCAAAUGAUGCCGUCGACAAACAUGCGACACAGACACAAAAAUACCUUGUUCGCCCUCCAACUGCCCCACUCCCGACCUUCUAUAUGGACGACUUUGUGUUGUACUACCUGCGAGCCGGAUUUAUCGAAUGGCCAGUUUAG